AUGGGCAUGGGAGAAAUCUCACCUUCACAGGUGAACACGGUGUCACUUGCACUCAGUGUACGCAGUAUUCCACCCCCUCCACCGGUAGAGCAUCAAGCCAUAUAUCCAACGCCACAGGAUGGCAUCUUGUCCAAUGGUGUUGUUCACUUGCAUGAAAACGUAAAGGGUGAGGAGAAUAAGGAAAUUGAAGGCAGUUUGCGCAGCAUGCACAGCACGCGCCGCAGCCACGCCUUACCUUUCACCGCCCAGCGAUCCACACGUAGCCCGUUUGCCGCUAUCCCGGCAGACGACCCUCGCCGGAGCGCCGAACCUCACCCAGAAGAAAGCUUCUACGCCCACUACUACAGAGUCCUCUUCUUCACAUCCCACCCCCCACCUUUCCUCCUCACCACCAACACCACCGCGAUGGACGCACAGCGCACCACCGAGCCCACGCCCGCCUCGGCCGAGCAACAGCAAAGCCGCCGCGGACCUCCUGUCCGCCGCCCAAGCAACCCGCCUGCGCCCCGCAUCGCCCCACAGAUUCCUCCAGGCGGCUCACACCCGUCACCUGCCCAGCUGCAGGCCAACAACUUUGACAGCAGCAAGCGUACGCUCGACAGCGAGAGGACGAAGGCGAUCUGGCGCAAGGUUAAGGCGACCGCUAAGAAGUGGUGGAGCAGGAGCAAGCAACGCAAGAUGACAGGCGCGGGUGAGGCGGAGCAUGACGGCGGCAUCUCAUGA